GCAGUCUGUGCCCUGGGCUGGGCAGCGGCUCCGGGGCCGCGCAUCCCACGCCCGGGCCGCGCGGACUCCCAGGCCGAGAGACCCCGCACCCAGCCCGGAGGGCCGAGUUUCCGCCGUGGGCCGGUGGAGCCAAAGCCGCGCCAGGGCGGGCGCGUCCAGGCCACCAGAUGUUCGCCAUCCAGCCGGGAGUGGCUGAGGGGGGCCAGUUCCUGGGGGGCCAGUUCCCGGGGGGCCCACCUUCUAGAGUAUGUCAGCCUGAGUUCCAACCUGACAGCAACUCCAACUUCAUGGCAAGCACCAAGGACACCAAUGAGAACUGGCGUGGGAUGCCAGACCAAAUGGAGCCCAUCCUGAUGAGGAGCUCUGCCAAGUUGCCCUCUGACAACCAGACCUUCCAGGCCCCUGGACUCCCCGAAGGAGAGGUCCGCAGCCCUCCAGAGGGGGCAGAGAUCCCCAGAGCUGAGCAUGAGAAAAUCGGUAGUGCAGGCACAGUCUGCUCCCCUCUAGAGGACAAUGGCUAUGCCAGCAGCUCCCUAAGCAUUGACAGCCCCAGCAGCAGCCCUGAGCCUGCCUGUGGGACCCCUCAAGGCCCUGGCCCUGCAGAUUCCCUUCUGCCCUCAGUGGCCCAGGCUGUGCAAAAGCUGCAGGCUCAAGAGCGCUACAAAGAGCAGGAGAAGGAGAAGCACCAUGUGCACUUGGUGAUGUACCGCCGUCUGGCCCUGCUCCAGUGGAUCCGAGGCCUGCAGUACCAGUUGGUUGACCAGCAGGCCCGUCUACAGGAGAGCUUUGACACCAUCCUAGACAACCGAAAGGAGCUCAUCCGCUGCUUCCAACAGAGGGCAGCACCAUCCAGGCCCCAGGACCAGGGCUAAGAGUGUGCCUCCACUGGGGUGCAAGGGUGUAUCUGUAUAUAUUUGCAGGCAUGUGUGUGGUUGAACACAAGUACAUGAUUAUUAACUGGUAUGAGUGCAGGUAAGCAUAAGUGAGCAUGCAUGUGCUAACAUGUGCCAGGCAUGUGUGAAUUAGUACCCAUGCACCACCUUAUGUGUGCUGUGUGUACACACAGGCUAACUUAUGUGCAGGCCCAUGUUGAGUGUGUCCAUCUGUGUAUAUAUAUGUUACACACAUGCCUCUUGUACAUGACAUACAUGUAAGAUGGAGUUAAUUUGUGCAUGCAUGCAUGAACGGGGCCUCAGUGGUAUAUGCAUAUGUACAUAAGCGAGGUGCUAUAGUUGGCCCUUGAACAACACAGAUGGAAACUGCAUUGGUCCCCUUAUAUAUGGUUUUUUUUCAAUAAAUAUAUACAGUUCUGCAGAUGUAUUUUCUCUUAAGAUUUUCUUAAGAACAUUUUCUUUAGCUUUAUUGUAAGAAUAUAGUAUGUAAUACAUAUAACAUACAAAGUAAAUGUUAGUUGACUGUUCAUAUUAUCAAUAAGACUUCCAGUCAGCUGCAGGCUGUUAGUACUUAAGUUUUUGGAGAGUCAAAAGUUAUACCUGGAGCUUUGACUGUUUCAGGGGUUGGAACCCUGAAACAUUGUUCAAGUGUCAGCUGUAUAUGCAAAAGGUAUGUGUGCACCUAGGAGUGAGUUUGAACAUGCAGGCUUAUGGCAGGUGUGAGAGUGAGCCUAUAGGCAGGGGUGCGUGUGUGCAGCUGCAGGCAUGGGAAAUGUAUGAUAGGAACAUGUGUAUUUGCAGGCAGAGUCCCAAGCAUGUGUGUGCAAAUAUAUGUUCCAUUCCCCCUGUGGGGCAUCCAUCCACACCCUGUGUUACCCAUGGCCUGCCAUAGCCUUUUGUCCACAGGGUCCCACUGCUUCCUGGAAAAGAGGGCUGCCUGCUGUCAUUUACCCGAGGGAAUUAGUGUCAGGGAGGGGAGCUGAGGGUGGUGAUGGACACUUGAACUCUGCGGCUGGGCACAUGGGAGAUGGGGAUGGAGAAACGAUGCUGGCAGGACCUUGUGAAGAACAGGAGUUUGGGAAUUCUGCAACACCAGUUCCGAACAAACCACUAACCGUCUCCUCUCCGCAAAGGAGCUCUUGCAGACCACGUUGAUUUAAGCUUCUGAUGAAAAGAAAUGUGUGCGUCUAAGCUUGCUGUUGAGUAAAAUCUCACUUCCCUCUCUGUGCCUCUACACCCCUCUCUGCCUUUAGCAGCACUGGAUGUUGAAUUAAUUUGGUUUGUUUCCCUGAAAUCAGAAUGUCUGUGCCAGGAGGAGCCAGGGUGGGUCCUGCUUUCAAGGGUGGGCAGGGGGCAGUGUCAGCCCUGCUUCUGUAAACUUAGGAUGCUGAGUCAUACCCCCUCCCGUCACUGAAUGGCCCUUUAAAUGUCGACGGGCUCCAGCAGAAGCUCUGAGAACUAGAGCUGGUGAGUUCUGGGGACAGCCAAAGACUAACGUAGCCAAUCUCUCUGUUUGGCUUCUGGGAGCCCAAAGGUUGCGAGACCCUGAUGGGCAAGCAAUUCCCUGGAGGUCACUGGUGCUGCCUCCCACCCUCAGUCUUCCAACCUGCAAAAUGCCAGGGCUCUUUCUGACUGCCCCUAAAGAGUUCCAUCCCUAACAAUGGGUGGGUGGAUGCACUGGGGAGGGAGGCUGAAGCAGUGACCCUGAGGACUUUGUGUCUAGCUCUUGCAUGUUGAGUGUGAACCACAAUGAAUAAAUAAACUG